UAUUAUCUACACAUAUCUGCAUACAAAGAAAAAAGGGUUGCCCAUACUAAAGAAGCCUUGAACAUUAAUGUGCACUUGACGACGGAAUUUUCCCAAAACUAUUUUCAGUGUUUUUCACGUACCUGCGUCUGCUGCCGACUGGCCUAUAAAAGGCUAUACUCAUUUGGUUUUUGGUAUUGCGAUACAGCAAAGCGACUGAAGCAUACGUCUUCAUACAACGGACUCAUAAUUGUAAAGAAUACUCAUAAUAAUGAAUCCAGCAGUUUUAAACGUGACUAAUUGUCCAUCGUUCGAGCCUCAGCAACAGCAAAACCAACAACAACAAACCUUGAAGCGUAAAAGAACUCGCUUUACACCCCUCCAAGUGAGAAUUCUCGAAGAGGAAUUCCUCAAGACUCCUUACAUUGGGUCGGAAGAAAGGGCAAAAUUGGGGCGAAGGUUGUGCCUAACAGACCACAGCGUUAAAAUAUGGUUUAAAAAUCGAAGGCGAAAGCACUUGCAAGCCAUAAAAAUCAGGGACGGAUUUGAAGAGGUUAACCCGGAUCAAGAAGAUGGCAAUGAAGAUUCAUCUCCCGACCGUACAGUAGUGAUGCCAUCACAAAUAGAACCGCAGCGGGAAAAGACGAGGGUUCAAAUAUUGAACGAAGGUUAAGAGGAUCCGAGAUAGGAACUUAAGGCUCAUACGCUGUUAUAAAUUUCCAAAUUCAUCGGUCAUUUUUCAUAAUAAAAAAAGAGAAAUUAAAUAACA